AUGAGUAGUAUGGAAGAAAGUAUGAUGAACCCAUUAAGAGGAAAUUUGGAUAGUUUAGAAAGUGAGCUUGAAUUGAUACUUAAUCAUCAAAGGGAAAGUAAGGGGGCGGUGAUCGAUGAAAGAGAUAACGAAAGAGGUGUGAAUAUGCAUAGAAGUGGCAGUGCACCGCCGACUGUUGAAGGGUCAUUAAGCGCAGUUGGAAGUUUGUAUAGUAGUAAUAUUGAUGUUGAGGCAGUGAGUAUUGAUGAUAGGAAUGGUUCCCUUAAUAGUACUAAUAAUAGUACUAAUUAUGAUAUGUUUACUGAAGAUGAAGUUAGGUCGAGUCCUAUGUAUUUGUCGUAUUAUUAUGCUCAUGGGAACUUCAACCCGCGACUCCCACCUCCAUUAUUGUCAAAAGAGGAUUGGCGGCUCUCACAAAGAUUUCAAGGAGGCGGCGGGUCAUCUUGUGAAGGAACUAGAGAUUGGUGGAAGAAGAAUCCGUCGGGUAGUAGUAGUGUUAAUGGUAAUGGUAGUUCUUCAUUGUUUUCCGUGCAGCCCGGUUUAGGAUUAUAUAAGGAUGCAGAUUCUGAAUUGAUUGAGAUUAAUAAGGCCCAGAAUAACCCUGCUGAAUGGGUUAGCAGACCCGAUCAUUUAACUGGUUUACCGGCUCCUAUAAUGGGCAGUAGAAGGAAAAGCUUUGCAGAUAUUCUUCAGGAAGGACUUGAACAGCCUGCAUCUUCAUCCAAUCGAAUUUCUCACCCUGCAAGCCAAAAUGCAAUUAGCUCUAAUGCUCAUUCAUCAGUUUUAUGUAACGAAACAGAAAGUGUAUCGGCUCCACAUUCUUUUACACCAGUUGUGGGUCCAUCUCUUUCAAGGAACAGAACACCCGAGCCUCAAAUGGCUAGGAGAUCCCCAAGUCCUGGCCUUCCUCCUGUGUCUAGCGUGGUUCGCCCUGCUGAUGUGGCAUCUUCAUUAUCUAGCUUGAGUCUCUCAAACAGCUGGCUUCCGGACCGAGAUAAUUAUUCACAAUGUAAUUAUCUUGAUACUAUAGGAGAUCAGAGGUUAAGUUUUCAGCAUCGGCUUGCUGAUACUUCAAGAAAAGAUGAUAUUGGACCGGUGAACUUUCAUAGGAGGGCAGUUUCUUCUGCUGAUUUAAAUUCUAACCGAGGCAUGUUUGAUUUUUCAAGAUUAGAAGGUUCAAACAUAGGCCAUCGAGUUGAUAGUUUCCCUGGGAUUGAUUUGUCUGGCCAGAUGCCUACUAGAUGUUCUGCACCAAAUGAUCACUUUGCUUCAGACAGUUCAGUUUUUUUGAAAAAAAAAUGUAGUGAGUUGUGUUUUGAUUUAUUGCCUGACCCGCCCAUUUCUCCACCUUUUUUUUCAGCUGUAAACGCUGCUGGAAGGGGACAAUUCCUGAGGCGAUGUAACUACCCACCACCAGUCAUGGAUUCUCUCCACAGUCAUUCACCAGUAAUGGAUUAUUGGCAUGGUAAUCUUCGUGGGGCUAAUAACAACUUUGUUGCUUCACAUGGCCAUGAAGAUUUGCAAGCUCUCCACAAACUUUAUCUUGAGGCGUUGCUUGCUCAACAGGACCAGCAAUACGGAUUACCAUUUUUUGGUAGAUCUGGCAGCUUAAAUCAUAUAUAUGGGAAUCCUACAUAUUGUCGUGGUAGACCAUUUCAGAAAAACUUAAUGGAAAACUCUUGUAUAUUGUCACAACAAGAACAAACCAUCCAAUUUGCUCCUGCUUUCAGAAAUCAAGUCGCUGGAGUUUCUGAUGUUAGCUUAGAUCGAAGGAAUGGUUUAUCAUUGUUAGAUGAGAUGAAGAACAAUAAGACCAAGUCUUGUGAAAUCUCUGAUGUUGUGGGUCAUGUCAUCGAGUUUAGUACGGAUCAGUAUGGAAGCCGUUUUAUUCAGCAGAAGCUCGAAGCAGCUACCAUUGAAGAAAAGAACUUAAUAUUCCCCGAGAUUAUACCUCAUGCUCGUAGUUUGAUGACUGACGUCUUUGGGAAUUAUGUCAUACAAAAGUUGUUUGAGCAUGGCACUGAAAGUCAGAGAAAGGAUUUAGCUGGUAAACUUAUCGGUCAUGUUUUGCCUCUUAGUCUUCAAAUGUAUGGUUGCAGAGUAAUACAGAAGGCAUUGGAGGUGCUCAAUGUUGAUCAACAGACACAAAUUGUAAGGGAGCUUGAUGGCUCAGUGAUGACAUGUGUUCGUGAUCAGAAUGGCAAUCACGUUAUCCAGAAGUGUAUUGAAUGUGUGCCUCAAGAUAGGAUCCAAUUUAUGGUUUCCUCUUUCUUUGGAGAAGUUGUUUCCCUUUCAUCACAUCCUUAUGGCUGCCGGGUCAUACAGAGGGUUUUGGAGCACUGUGAUGAUCCAAAUACACAAAUCGUAAUGGAUGAAAUCAUGAACUCAGUUUGUACUCUUGCACAAGACCAAUACGGUAACUAUGUGAUUCAGCAUGUGUUGCAACAUGGUAAACCACACGAGCGAUCAGCUGUAAUCAGCCAGCUUGCAGGACAAAUAGUGAAGAUGAGUCUUCAGAAGUUCGCUUCUAAUGUUGUCGAGAAAUGCUUGACUUAUGGCAGUCCAGAGGAGUGUCAACUUCUGGUGAAGGAGAUGCUUGGUUCAACUGAUGAAAAUGAGCCAUUACAGGUAAUGAUGAAAGACCCUUUUGGGAACUACGUGGUGCAGAAGGUUCUGCAAACUUGCGAUGACCAGAGUCGUGAACUCAUUCUUUCUCGCAUAAAGAUCCACUUUGCUGCUCUGAAACGAUACACAUUUGGUAAACACAUUGUUACUCGUGUGGAAAAGCUCAUCGCUUCAGGAGAAAGGCACAUUGCAGCAUCGUCUUUUUCGAGUUCAUGAGAUAUACUGCUUUGGAUGAAGAACCAAUAAGGAAAGGGAUAUGGCUGAUAUAAUAUGGCAUCAUAAUAAACUUGGGAUAGUUUGAUCUCUAUGUGAAUAUCAGGUCUGAAUUUUUGAUCAGUUGGUAAAAUAGGUUAUGGACAUAAGAGAGGGUUAUGUAGAUGGGUUGUUGAUUUUGAUAGCUAUAAAUAUAUGGUUUAUAUUUUGUAAAGAGGAGUGUAAAUGAUCGAUAAUCUCAGUUGGUAGAGAAGUUAACAGGAGAAGUUGAUAUGCAGCUAUGUAUAGGACCUGUUUAUAUAUGUAUAUAUA